AUGGCAUUUAAUAAAUCUAUGCAGUCAAAUAAUGUAACAUCUCCAAGUUUUCAUUCUGAUUCUGGGGUUAUGACAGUUAACUCUGAGAAUUCAUUUCAUGAUGAUUGUACUCCAAUGAGUCCCAGCUCAGGAUUUUCCGUCUCUUCCAUUGGGAACAUCGAGCAUAGUUUUGUGGAUGCUCUCUUGCUGUGUCACUGGGAUAACAUACUUGGUCCCAAGCUGGAGCAUGUCUGGUAUGUGACCGGGCGGCCGCAACCACACACAAAUAUUCUACGGUUUGUCACUAACCAGGUGCUGAGUGGGGAAAUCUGUCGUGAUGUCCAGUCCAGCCAGGUAGAUUUCAAGUUCUUUGACAUUCCAGACAAAGGUGUCAUUGUGCCCUCCUUCAUCUUCUCAGCCCAGGACAGCCAUGGACUGGGUCUGCAGGCUCUAGCACUGAUCAUCCCUAACUCAGAGUUAACUCUGUACCUGCAUCAGGCAGAGCUGAUUCAUGCUUGGCUGACUCGGAUAGUAACAAAGCUCAGGGUUAUGUGUGUCAAGAAAGAUUUUGGAACGUCUGGAUUGGCCGACUUAUCUUCAUGGUUGUGGGCGUGUAUGGACAUGCUUUCCUCCUUGCAGGAAGUUGGCCUGCCACAGAAGAUAGAGUUAAGCUACACAGCCUUUAUCUCACCGCACACGAUGGAGCUGGAGCUUCUGAGGCAGGUGAUAGUGUCCCAUUUAAUGACGUUUGGUCGCAGCCUGGUGAUUGGAUCGCGGGUCGACCGGGUCAACAUGCUGGUGUACACCCUGGGCUUGUUCUGUUGGGACAGUGAGCGGCUGUGCUCCAGGGCGGCUUUGAGUGGACGCAAGUGGCCUUACUUUCAGGAUCUGUGUGUUCAGGGAUGUUUGAAGAAUGAAGACGGUACUAAAAAUAUUAACCGUAGCGAUUUAAUGUGCAGCCGCUAUCCUACAACAAUCAUAGAUGUGGACACUCGAGAAAUCAGCCAUUCCAGUUCAGCUACUGACCAUCCAUGGCUUAGCCACGAGGCUGCGGUCAGAGAGUUGGAGGAGCUGUACCAGGGUCAGGAGGGGUAUGGAGACAGGCCAGCGAAACUGAUCCCUGCCAUCAGCAUGUCUGAGAGCCUUGUCAGAGAUUUGCUUGAAGAUGUCUACAAGUUGCCACAAGACAAUGGCAGACGGGAGGCUUACAUCCGACAUUUUAUGCACACACUACAGCGACGCGCAUUCUGCCUUAUCAAGUACCUGGAAGGAGAUAACUCGCCUAGCUCUGCGUCUGCUCGGGUGAAUGCGAAGAAACUCAGACACGACCUCAGCCUGACCCUAGAGGGCGACUGGCGCAUCGUUUUGGCAGCGGCAGAUAAAUUAAAACCGGGCUUGUAUCAGCACGUUCUGGGAGACCGGAAGUAUGACAGCGAGUACCUGCCAAACAUGGCCGAUGUCUUGUAG